CGCCCACAUCGGCCAGCAAAACGCGUCGCCGGCCUCGUCGCUGCCUAGCCCAAGAUGAGCGCCGUCACCUCCCCAGAGCUUAGCCCCGUCCUUGGCCCAAACGCUCGCGCCCGCAGGCUGUCCGCCCGACGCGGCUCCGUCGCAGCAGCCGACCCAUGGGGUGAACACAACGACGUCAACAUGAAUCCCGCGCGGUCUCUCACUAGCCGCCUCACUAUCGUCCGCGUGCCGCAGACAGACAUCGAAGAGCCCCCGAGACGGCACAGACGGCACGGUAGCAAUGCCUCAUUGAACUCCAACGCGUCUGGGAAGAGUGACGGGCCGGGAGGAAGGCUCAGCUUCGCCUUCACGUCCUUUUCCCCCACUGGCCCCUCCGGCUCGCCUUCCGGCCGCCCUGCGAGCCCCUCGGGUUCUCCCAGGCUUCGCCCAUCCUCCCCUAGCACGUCGCGAUUCUCGAGCACUUUCCCGAGUCACAGCAAGCUGUCCCCGGAGCAGAUCGUGGACAUCGCGCGCAACUCGGUGAACCCUCGAUCCCCUCUGCCGUCUCCCAAUGGCCCCAAUGUACAGCAAGUAGCUCCCUCCCCCGUGUCAUUCACUCCACUCCCGGACUCCAUCUAUCUCCCCUUCAUUGACCGGCCGGAGGAGGUCACCGCCCUCAUUCAGGCGCUUCCCAACGCACGUUUGUUCGCUCUCCUGCAGCAGACGUUCCCGCCUGAUGCACGAGCCCCCAUGGGUUCCGAAUACGAUCCUUCGACGGCGUCGCCUGACCCCAAGGACUGGACAUUUGCGGACCUGGAGUUCUGGCUGAAGAAGGUUGACCGGGAUGUUGCGGAAGACGUCAACUGGAUCCGCAAGACGCGCCGUUGCGUCAUGUCGCACAGCGAGCUAAUCUGGGAGCGUGUCAAGGGUGCAUUGGGUGUCCCGCCUGAGCUGGACGUCGAGGAGGAAGGUCUCGAACUCCCGCAGACCGAGCCUCUGACCUCCGCUGCGCUCGAUUCGGCCGUCUUUGAACCCGAUUCUCCCAUCGUCGCCCAUGAGACGUUCGCGGACUCUGUCGGUGAAGAAAUCAUGAUCGAGCCGGUCUUUGCGAAUCAGACGCCACCCUUAGGGGCGACGGAGCCUGCAGGUGGUCUUGGAUCAUCGCUAUCAGACCUGCGAGAGGAGGAUGAGAACGAGGGCAACGAGGGCAAGGGCGGGGAAGAGCCGGAAGUCCAUGGGAUCCGCUUCAUCACGUCCCCGAGCGCUCCAUCGGCCCUGGGCGACCAGCCACUCUCUAUGUCGCCUAUGGUCGGCCUCGGAAGCCCUGCCGUUCGACAGCCCAUAGGGAUGCCCGGCUCGCAGAGCAGCGGAGAAUUCGCGUACGACGUCCUCCGUGAGCGGGGUCCAGGGCACCCCCUGUUCCCGAGCAAUUUCGCCCAGCUCAGUAUAGGGCCCACGCUGCAGCCGAGCAAACGCACGAUGAGCAUGUCCUACCCACCGAGACCGGCAUACCUCAGCCCUCACUCCAUUCGCGGGGGUGUACACCGGACCAAUAGUAUCGACAUUGGUGCCGGUCGUGCGGCGCGGAUGGCGCGUCCGGAGUGGGCUCGUAGCUGGGACCCGACAAAGCACGAGUACGCGGUCACUACUGCGAGCACUGGUAGCGUGAGCGGGGCCGAGUAGGUGUCUCGAACCUCUCUUUUUGUUUUCUUGGACCUUGUGGUUUGCUCUACGGGAAGGAUAGCGAUAGGUCAUACUCAUUCACGAACGGACGAAAUAUGGAGUAGGAUAGGAAGAAGCAAAAGAAAUAGUGUAUAGACUUUGUGCGUUGUACCGUGCCCCAGGCUCUGUAUCUUGGACGUAUUGAAGUGUGGGUAGCUUGGCAGGACUGAUACUCGCGCAGGCGUGACGCGUUC